CCUGAGCGAGGCUAGCCAGGUGCGCCCAUCUCUCCUCAAACAAAACACUGUACCUGGUGGUGGCGACUGUACUCGUGUCUUGCCUUCCCAAGUUAACACUCACUCACUGCGCCUAACGAGUGUUUUGAUACAUUUCCGAAUGCCUAAAAGUAGCGGUGAGACUUGUGGCACACGCCCGGGAAGUAAUAUAAUCCAGGAAGAGUGGGAAACGCUUGAGAAGAGAUUAGGGUGUGGUAAUGGCUAGCAGAGUGUGGUAACAACAAGGGAACGGGAGCCAGUGUGAUGCAUCGCCAGUUUUCACACAAACCAACGCCAACUAAUGACUGAAAACAUUCAAAGCAAGACUCGUUGUCGAUUUUGUUUGCGCUCCACUGUGGCACUAACGAGAAAUACAAAUAGUUUGCCCUUUGUUAUUUGAAACUAAUUAUAUAUUCAAACACUGAAACCUUCGUUACUAGUUAAAGCGAGUUUAUCUCAGGAAGAACACACACAACCCUUACUGGGUUUUUUUCUUUGGUGCCCCUUGUAGUGAGGAUAUAACACAGCGUCACGAUGGUUCCCCCAAGGGAGCGGCGGACCACCUCUGGCUGGUGGGCCAUCGCCUUCCAUGCCCUGGCAUUUCUGCUCAUAACCAUUGCCAUGUUCACCACAUACUGGCUGCAGGCCGAGAACAAGGCCUAUGGCACAUCGAUGGACAGGAUAGGCCUAUGGACGCAGUGCUUCCGUAGCUUCACAGUGGAAAAGGAUGUGUACCGUGAAAGGUUUUUCGUUGGGUGUCGUUGGCUCUUCGACCCCUUCACUACAGGCUACGAGGACGUGAGGGAGAUGCUCCAAACGCGUAAGUUGCACCGGGGAAGCGAAGCUGCAUUCUUCGUGACGGUGCAGGUGUUCUUCACCUUUUGCUUCACACUGUCGCUGAUUGGGGCGGCCCUCACAGGUAUCCUAGUCCUCUGUCCAGGCGAAGAGUUCGAGAAAUCAGUUCUCAAGAUUGCCUAUAUUGAUCUCUUCAUCUCCUGGGUGUUCGGGUUCAUAGCAGUCAUCGUGUUCGGAGCGAUGGGUGACAACCGUGACUGGAUGCCCCACUGGGACCACAACCACCUCUCUUGGUCCUUCGGCCUCGCUGUGGUGGGCGUAGUGGCGGAGUUCAUAGCAGCCGUGCUCUUCUGGGUGGAGUACCGCAUCCAGAAGCGCAAGGAGUCCUAUCGCCAGAGUCACGGAGUCUUCACACUCGAGGGAACCAAAACUUAAACCAACUCGUAUUGCAUAACCAAAACCACAUCUUAUAUCGGGAUCAAGACUAUGGACGAGACGUUAUCGGCUAACAACACGCCAGCAAUAUGCCUGGUUUAGCCACGUGUACGAAUUUGAACAUAACUAAGGUGGAACUAACAAACAAGACCGUGAGGAAUAGUAUUAGAAGCUAAAGUGGGGUUGUAAUUGAUAUAUUUGACGAAGAAAUUGAACAACUGCAUUCAUCCUAGAUUGCUUAUCACAUUAUAUUUGACGAAGAAAUUGAACAACUGCAUUCAUCCUAGAUUGCUUAUCACAUUAUAUUUGACGAAGAAAUUGAACAACUGCAUUCAUCCUAGAUUGCUUAUCACAUUAUAUUUGACGAAGAAAUUGAACAACUGCAUUCAUCCUCGAUUGCUUAUCACAUUUGUGUUGCAACAUACUGUAUUCAAUAUUAAUUUAUUGGUGUAAAGACCAAGAAUAUUGAGUUAUCAGUACGGGUUCAGUAGAAUGUGGGUACCGUCUCAAACUAUUAAUACCCAACAGCACACAAUGCAUGGGACGAAACGUUUUAGCUGUAUAAUUUUAAAUUUAACUUUAAAUUUUAUCAACACUUAAUUUCUAAGAAAAAAAUUCUUGUAGUUCGAAAACAUUGAAAUAUACAAGCAUUUGUAGGUUACCGAUGUUUCGGUAAUAGCCACGUAGGUUAAUGUAAAUUAUCGCAAAAUGAUGUGAAUUCCCGAAUACCAAAGUAAUUUUGUAAAAUACUGGUAACUGCAUUGACAAUUUUAUUUUAAGUAUCUAGCCUCUCAGUUAAGUAUUUUGAUAAUUUCUAACAUUAAAUUAUUUCAAUACUUUAUGUUAUAUGUAUAAUUUAUCUUUUUCUAUAAUUAAGGUUACCAAACUAAUCUUAUAACAAUGACCUGAACUUUUCUACCAGUACUAGCAAGAUAUUUUCAUUACUCAUUUAAACGUAAUAAACAAUGUUUACACUUGGGAAAUGUAACAAGUGCUGCAGGUGUUAGAUGCAACAGUAUACACUUGGGGAACUACAGAGGGAUCUUCUAAGUCACUUCUAAUUAUCUUAAUAUAAAUGUUGUAAAGUUUUAGAUAAGAUAUUCGAUGCAUUUCCUUCUCGUUUUCUAAACUAUGCCAGUGUGUGGAUAAGUAACCCCCCCCCCUCCCCAUCCCUCCAAACUCCCCGACUCUUGUAUUGCACAUUCCCUGUAAUUACUUGAAAGUAGUUACAGAAUGAGAGCUGUGCUCGUGGUGUCCCACCAGGGCAUAAAGAGCCGUGUUCUCCCGUGCUCGUCCGUCCAGAAUGGCGAGACUUUGUGGUUAAGUUACUUAGAUGUACAUAAGUCUUCAAGUUACCUUAAAGGCAAUGUGAUUCAAGUUCAAGUAUGUUUAUUGAGAUAAGAAAUACAUCUCAAAGAGAUAAAGUAGCUUAGGCUAUUUCUACCCCCCAAACACUGUGAUUUUGAGUUGUGGUAGGUAACUACUCCGUCCAUACCGUGGCUGUCAAAGUUAUCCGUCCUGUAAGUGUGGCUCAGGGGCUCGCUCAGCCUCAGGCCAAUUCAAUUUCUUUAUUAUGCACCCCAUACCCAUUCCGUGGGCGGUGGUGUAAAGGAUUACAGAGGCACACAAGGCCAAGCUGGCUUUUCUCAUUAUUUCAUAAUUAUUCAGUCCCAUGUAUAUAAUUGUUAAUUAUCAUUAAUAAUUUUUUGUUUACAUGUGGACCAGACACCACAAUCUGGUUGCAAAACGAGUAAUUAUAUAUAUGUAUAGGUAGGUAAUAGUGUCCAUUAUCACUAUAAUGUUGGUUACAUGCAACCAUUAUCUUGGUAUAAUGUUGGUUAUAUGCAACCAUUAUCACUAUAAUGUUGGUUACAUGCAACCAUUAUCACUAUAAUGUUGGUUACAUGCAACCAUUAUCACUAUAAUGUUGGUUACAUGCAACCAUUAUCACUGUAUAAUGUUGGUUACAUGCAACCAUUAUCACUAUAAUGUUGGUUACAUGCAACCAUUAUCACUAUAAUGUUGGUUACAUGCAACCAUUAUCACUGUAUAAUGUUGGUUACAUGCAACCAUUAUCACUAUAAUGUUGGUUACAUGCAACCAUUAUCACUAUAAUGUUGGUUACAUGCAACCAUUAUCACUAUAAUGUUGGUUACAUGCAACCAUUAUCACUAUAAUGUUGGUUACAUGCAACCAUUAUCACUGUAUAAUGUUGGUUACAUGCAACCAUUAUCACUAUAAUGUUGGUUACAUGCAACCAUUAUCACUAUAAUGUUGGUUACAUGCAACCAUUAUCACUGUAUAAUGUUGGUUACAUGCAACCAUUAUCACUAUAAUGUUGGUUACAUGCAACCAUUAUCACUAUAAUGUUGGUUACAUGCAACCAUUAUCACUAUAAUGUUGGUUACAUGCAACCAUUAUCACUGUAUAAUGUUGGUUACAUGCAACCAUUAUCACUGUAUAAUGUUGGUUACAUGCAACCAUUAUCACUAUAAUGUUGGUUACAUGCAACCAUUAUCACUAUAAUGUUGGUUACAUGCAACCAUUAUCACUAUAAUGUUGGUUACAUGCAACCAUUAUCACUGUAUAAUGUUGGUUACAUGCAAC